AUGGCACGGUUGAGGGGUCUGUUAGAUCAUUGUCCAUUGUUGAUAAUGGUGGAUGAGCAAUAUAGGGGUCCAAGGCCCUCUCGUAUGUUGAAAUGUUGGAAAGAUAUCCUUGGGUACAAACAUUUUGUGAGUAAUAAACGGAAAACUUUGCAAGUUGACAGGCGAGGAGGUUUUGUGCUGAAAGGAAAAUUAAAGUUGAUAAAAUUGGCUCUGAAGGAGUGGAAUGUGACCCAUACUCAUAACUUACUAGGAAAGAUAGAUUCUCCUCAACGACAUCUCUCUGUCCUAGAUUUUAAAUGGGAAGAGGAGGUGUUGUCUGAAGCCGAGAUAGCGGAAAUGCAUGGUAUUACUUCAAUCAUUCAUUCGUUGUUUCGUAUUAAUAUUAGCCUUUGUUGGCAACAAUCAAGGUUACUUUGGCUUCGAGAACGAGAUGCGAAUUCAAAAUAUUUUCAUUCGGUAUUGGCUAGUCGGCGCAGAAGGAACACAAUUUCGGCAAUUAUGGUGGAUGGUGUGAUGGUUAAGGGCAUGACUCAUAUUAUAAAGGUUGUUGUUUCCCAUUUUGUGUCUCACUUUAGAGCGUCUAAUGUAGAACGACCAGGUGUGGGUAAUCUCCAGUUUCAGACGUUGUCGUUGAUGGAGGGGGGUAGUUUGAUCAAACCUUUUUCUCUGGAUGAAGUCAAGGUUGCUGUAUGGGACUGUGACAGUUACAAAAGCUCGGGUCCAGAUGGCAUUAAUAUUGGUUUUUGUUAA